ACUCAAAUUAAAAAGAUCUAAAAAGAUUUUGUUAAAAUUUACAAGGACAGUGUCCGAUCUUUUUUCACUACUAAACCAAAAGAUGGUGAACAUGGGGUCCUUCUACUCUCUGAACAUGAUUAUUUUUUGUUGGAUUUUUACUUUCACCGAGGCAGAAAACGUAACCGAUACAUCCGGUAUUGGAAUUGUUGUGUCUCUCUUUAGUCCCGGACAUUUAUCCUUGAUCGCAGGAAAUCCAGACAAUAUGAAUAUGACCUCCAUGAAAUCCGGCAAAGGCAUGCUACCUAUUCAGACAUAUUAUUUUAAUACACCACGUGCAAAAAUUGUCAGCAUGGCGUCAGAUCCAAGGAAGAACACACUGUUUAUGCUAGAUUCUGACUCUCAUAGUAUCUAUAGAAUGGAAAAUUUCAACAUUUGGGUAAAUGAUUCUCUGAAUAUUGUACCUAUUCAGAAAGGAGUAUCCAAAACAUCUGCUCAGAUCACGUACGAUUGGUACAGCCAAAUGGUGUACUGGGUGGACGGGUAUUAUAAUUGGAUAGGAAUGCAGCCAGCUUUUACUACAGAUAAUACUCUAUAUAAAAUCAUUAUCCAUAAAGGAUUAAGUAGGCCAGAAGGAAUUGCAGUGGACCCUAUAAGUGGAUAUCUGUUUUACUCAGAUAUGGGAAAGCCUCAGAGAAUUGAGAGGUCUUCCUUAAUUGGUGAAGAUAGAACCUCCAUCAUCCAUUAUGGUAUUGAUCGUGUGUAUGACAUCACCGUAGACCAGAAAGAGCAGAAGUUAUACUGGGUAGACGCGGGAAGACAUACGCUAGAAUCAUCUGAUUAUGAAGGACGAAACAGACGACUUCUUACCAGAAUGAAUUCUGUUAAAUUCACCUCAGUUGUCAUAUUUGGUGACUUUGUGUAUGUAACAUCAUUUACAAGCAACACCGUUACCAAACUGAGUAAGAGAACUGGAGAUAUAAAUUUGAUUGUAGUAGUGGAUGAUGGAACACCUGUGGGGGCGGAAGUGUGGGAUCCAACCAAUAAUAAACCCGUAUCUAAGGAAUGCCCUGGUUUUGGAUGUAAACAUAUGUGUGUUCACAUGCCAAGCGGUCCCACGUGCGUUUGCAAAGAAGGAUAUAGCCUGGCAUUAGACAAAAAAGAUUGCAUAGACGAGAAGUUACAAAAAGGCAUAAUUUUAGCCAAUAGUACUCACAUUUGCAAUAUGGAUAUCCGUCACAUUACUGCACUAAAGGAAGAAAUGUUCUGUCAUGCCGCCAAUCUUAGUGGUAUCAUGUUUAUGGCUGUCGAUAUACGAAACCAGGCUCUCCAUUACGUGGAUUCAGAACUUCAUGUCAUCAUGCAAUAUUCCAUGAUCUUCAACGUCAGCACAACCUUAACCGACUCAGGUCCUAAUGUAACAGGUUUUGCUUAUGACUGGAUUGACGACAAUGUCGUAUGGAGUACAUCAAACAGUAUGCAAAAAGGCUCCAUUCGUGUCUUCUCUCUCGGCGAAUGGGCACAAACAAAGCUUUAUACUGAUUUAGUCAAUCCUACUUAUGUAAACAUUAAUCCACUGGAUAGGGAAAUUUACUGGAUUGAAGGACUUGGAAGGAAUUAUACAAUAAAAGUUGGAAAAUUUGACGGUAGUCCAGCAAAAGUGAUUGUUAACAGCACCGAUCUCAAAAAACCCACUGGAUUAUUUUACCACGUUGAAAAGCAUCGGUUGUUCUGGAUUAAUUGGGACAGUAUCCACAGUUGUAAAACGGACGGUUCGGAUCUGACUACACAUCUACAUUCUAUAUCUGUGUUAUUCUUUGGUGUAGAACUAUUGGUCUAUAAGGAUCAUGCAAUAUGGACACAUGGGAAAAAUUUCUUGAUGACGGGUAGUAUCUUCAGAAAUUCAGCAGAGGUUAAAAUUGACACAAGCCACUACGGCAAAUUGACUGGAUUGGCAAUAUAUGACCCAGAAUUACAGCGGUAUAAGAGAGGACCCUGUGAGAUCAUGAAUGGAGGUUGUGAGCAUGUGUGUUUACCCACUGAUUCCAAAGUAAGCUGUAGAUGUGAUUUUGGAUUCAUGCUGGAUUCUGACCUCAAAAGUUGUUUUUCCACUACUAUGAAGGACCGAUUUAUGAUCAUAGCCGAUCACACACAUGGAAGACUCUAUCAAGCGUCCUUGUCCGAAGGAAGAAUUACUCCUCUUGAUUUUCCAGAGGUCACAAAGCCUGCGUGUGUUUUGUAUGAUAGAAACACAAAACUCGUUUACUGGGUAGAAAUAGAAAGCAGGGGAAGUCAGAUAAAGCAAGCAACCAUUAAUGGAGAAAAUACAACAGUCUUGAUGGAUUCAGGUUAUGUGUAUCCAGAUAGGAUAGCCAUGGACUUUACAACAGGUCAUAUAUACUUCACGGCUGUAGCGAGUGACAUUUACCAGAGUUACGUGGGAGUGCUUCAUCCACAGAGAAUGGUUCACAAGAAACUUAUUUCUCAACUCGGAACCCCUCGUGCUAUAGCAGUCCAUCCAUCAGCGGGAUAUAUGUUCUGGACGGAUCAUAACAAAAAUAGUCCACAUAUUGGACGUGCGUUCAUGGAUGGUUCUUCGCAAAGGGUUUUGAUUUCCAAAGACGUUGUUUGGCCAAAUGGACUUGCUAUAGACUACAAAGAGAACCUCCUAUACUGGGCAGAUGGCCACACGGAUACAAUUGAGUCUGUAGACAUACACGGCUUAAACAGAAAGGAAGUCUUAAAGGUAUCUAAUCAACAACUGAUGGACGUGGAAUUGUUUGGCUCCUAUCUCUACUAUACAGCAUGGAACACACAAAAAGUUUCUAAGGUGUUAUUAAACAGUGACAGAACAGGAACUCUUGUAGACUGGAUGUCUGAUAUUCCUGAAUUUGGACGAUUAGAUUCUAUUGAAAUAGAGCCUGGAAAUAAUCAACCAAAAAGUUCAGCAUGUUUACAAGACAAUGGGGGUUGUAGCACCUUUUGUCUCCCGACACCAGAUGGUCGCACCUGUGCUUGCGAGGAUAAUGUGGAUUUAUUGGCUAAUGGCAAAACGUGCGAAAUUAGCGGAGGUUCCCCUUGUCCAGAUACUUUGCCGAAUGGGGCCUGGUCCUCUAAUUGCCAUAAAUUGCCCACGGAGAACUGCACGUACAUAUGUGAUGAAAAUUAUCUUCCGAAUGAAGCAUUUCCCUCUGUAACCUGUGGCAGAGAGGGCCAGUGGUCAAUUCCUACAGAAUCACUAUGUAAAGCAAAAACUUGUAUAAUAUAUGACCCAGUCCAUCACUUGCUGAAUAACUGUUUACCAGUUAUUGGGAAUGAAUGUGAAUUUGCUUGCAAUGAAGGGUACCAUAAGAAUCCAAAUAUAAAAAAGAUUAAGUGUUUACCAUCGCUGAGAUGGAACGUUAAUACUUUAGAAGCUUGUCGUCAAUUUCAAGGAGACGUCCGAGUUGAUUCUUUAGAUACUACGUCACUUCCUAUUAAGUGUCGAGAAGAAGAUCUUCCUAAUGUUAAACUUAGUCCAGACUGCAGUAAAAUGCCUGACAAAACAUGCUCGUUUUCUUGCAUAGAAGGCUACUUUAAAAAAGAUGUAGAUAUUACAGAACUUGUAUGCCUAGCGAAUGGAAAAUGGAAUUUAGAUCACAUGCCAUUAUGUACUGCCGUUUCUGGGAUUAAAAGUUCUAAAAUGUCCCAAGAAGAAAAGAAAUCAGACAAAUCGUACACUGCCAUUGCUGCUGCACUGGCAGCUGUCAUCGGAGCAGUUCUCAUCGCCGUCCUCGUCAUUAUGUUCAUCUACUGUCGACGAAAAAGGAGGUCAGUAGUUGGACGGUAUGAAUCUCAUCAAAAUGAAUCUAACGUAUAUUGUGAACCUCAUAAAGGAAUCGUUAACUUAGCAGCUGACAAUGGGAAUAAAACAGAAAAUAAUCAUUAUGCUCAAAUGAGUGACAUAUGAAAUUAAUUAGCAAUACACUUAUAUCAUUGUAGUGUCUGUUUCACGCUGAUAUCUAUAUUCAUCAGCGAAAAUAUAUGUAUCAUUAUCAUAUGAGCAGAUAAAGGAAGGAAAAGAAACGUUGUUUCCUUUCAUUUCAUUGUAAUCCUUAGCUGUUGACCACAGAUAUAAUCGAUAAUAAUUUUUAUAUUGAUAUUGGGCAAUUGUUAAAUUAAAAGUAAGUGUUUUUAGUGAUAUCUUUCUUUCUUUAAAAAGAAAUAAAG